CCAGCAUCCCAGCAACUAGCAAGUAGCACUUCCUUUUUCUUUCGUCUUUCCUUGAAUAUCGAAAAGGGUUGAAAAAAGUGUCGAAAAAUUGUUUGGUCACGUUGGACAAUAUCGAAUCUAGAGGAUAUCAUGGCAGAUUCAUUGGAGCAACUCAUUCAAACUGAAAUAACGACACUGAAAUGCUCGCUUUGCCAGAAUAUUAUGUCAGUACCACCAGUACACCUGCUUUCCGAAGACGGAACACAACUACGAUGUGGGAGAUGUGAAAAGGUACCGAAAGAAUCAUUUGGUAGAGACUUUGUUUUCGAGAAGAUCGCAAACCUAUUAUCAUUCCCAUGCACCUAUGAUGGCUGCGAUGAGGUAAUACCGUGGGGCGAAGUGAAAGACCAUGAAGAAGUUUGCAACGAGAGGACAGUCAUUUGUCCAAUCAACCCCCUGAGCUGCAAGUAUAUCAAAGUGAUGAACAUAGAGAAACAUUGCCUGAACAAGCAUAGGGACAAUAUUUUUUACAAAUCUUUCACAAUUAAAUGCGAGACAAUACAUCUGCCAUGCGUCCUGGUAUACGAGAAACAACUAUUUUUCAUUGUAAUCGCUAUUAGCCAUUCUGAUUUCAAAAUAAAUGGUGUUUCAUUGAACAACCAUACACCGUUCAAAUACAAUUUAAAAUUUGCCAACUCUUCUAAUGACGCAUGUGUAACUUUUGAACAGAAGGAUAUCGAAAAAUACGAUGAGAGAAAACACUGUUUCAACUGCGUUUCGAACCAACAAUGUACUCUGAUUCAUCACCCCCUCUCAAAAACCUACGGAAAUCAAGCUAGCAGAAUUACAUAUAGCAGAGAAAUUGCUCUCAAUUCCAUAGAAACCUUAUUAAAGACACCGCACUCAACCGAGGUCCAGGUCACUGUAGAGAUAAAUUUAAAAUCAGAAGUUGUUGCAAACGACACGUCACCGAACAAUGAUAUGGAACCAACCGAUCUGAUUUCAUCCUAUCAAACGGAUCAUUUGAGGAACAGUUUGCAAUGCCCUAUUUGUAUGGAAUAUAUGAUCGGAGACAUUUGCAAUUGCGAGAAUGGACACGUAGUUUGCUUCACAUGUGAAGCCAAAUUAGAUUCCUGUCCUUCCUGCCGAACUAAAUUUGGAAAAUCCAGAAAUUUGCCGUUGGAAAAUUUAGCAGAAGUUUUGAUGCUGAGCUGUGCGUUCGCUGACAAGGGUUGUGACUUUUCUGGACAAGUUAAGAUGCUUUUUCAACACGAGAAGGAAUGUCAUUACAAUGUGAAGAGGAUGAGGCUUUGAACUUGUCUGGCUUUUACAGUUUCAUUCCAGUCUUGUGGUUUUUUCAGUUUUAUGUAAUUUGUUGAUAAGUUUUUUGUCAAAAUAAGCAAGGGCGUACCCAGAAUCUGAACUAGGGGGGGGGCAGCUUAGGCAAGGGAACUAGAAACUACCGAGAAUCAGUAUCAAUCACUAGACAUGCCAUGCUUCAACUGAGACGUUUUUUUAAAUCUUAAUAAACAUAAGUAUUUCAAUUAACUGUUAUUUGUUAUAUUUUCAUCUUAAUAAUAAUCUUCUCGGGUUCGCUGCAAAUUUUUCCAUUUCCUUUGUUUCCACCAUUUUACGGUUUUCUUCCACAAAAUUCCGAUGUACGCUCAUCAAGCAUAAUCCAGUCAGCC